AUGUCGGCGGACGCGUCGCCAGUCGAUGCAGACGCUAGACUGUACGCCUAUGAAGACGAAGACUAUGUGCCGUAUGUACCACUGAAAAAACGGCGACAGGAAACCAAAGACCGGCUGCAUCUGCGUGCGCGCGGGGUGCUUCCCCAUGACGAUCCCAGGGACGCCUCGGCGUCUCCACCACGUCGCGCGCCUACGCUAAUGGAAGAGGCACGGAAGUUGCAGGAAGAACAAAUGCAACAUACGCGAAAAACCGAUGCGGAGAUUUUAGCCGAGGAAGAAGCGCGGAUCUUGGAAGCACACACGACCCGUAAGAAAUUGCGAAGCCAUGCAGAGCUCGCACAUGGCAUUCAGUAUACAGAGCCCAUUCGACGGUCCUGGCGUCCACCAGCAUUCGUACGCACGCAGUCGGAGCGUGAACAAGAAAGGGUGCGCAAAAAAUAUCACAUUCGCGUCGAAGGCGUGCAUGUUCCGCCUAUUAUUACGAAUUUCAGAGAUAUGAAAGUGCCCUCAUGUAUUAUGGCGUAUUUGCGUGAGAAACACAUCGAAACACCCUCGCCUAUUCAAAUGCAAGGGCUCCCCGCGGCGUUUAGUGGACGCGAUAUGAUUGGAAUUGCGUCUACUGGCAGCGGUAAGACAUUGACAUUUAGUUUGCCAUUGCUUCUUUUCGCCGUGGAAGCCGAGCACCGUCUCGCAUAUACGGGCGACGAUGGCCCUGUAGGGCUGAUUGUGUGUCCCUCGCGGGAAUUGGCGCGCCAGACAUGUGAUUCCAUUGAGGCUAUGGCGACAGUCAUGGAGCAAGAUGGGUAUGCGUCCAUCCGCACAUUGUUGUGCAUUGGCGGCAUAUCUAUGGCGGAUCAGGCGCACAAACUACGUCAGGGUAUUCACAUUGUUGUUGCUACGCCUGGACGCCUCCAAGAUAUGCUGCAACACAAACGAUUUCAUCUGGCGAAUUGCACGUAUUUGUGUCUGGACGAGGCCGAUCGAAUGAUUGAUAUGGGCUUUGAAGAAGAUAUGCGCAACAUCAUGAGCUUUUUUACGCAGCAGCGUCAGACUCUUCUUUUUUCGGCGACCAUGCCCAAGAAGAUUUUGGAUUUUGCGGAGCAGUCGUUGAUUCAGCCAGUGGUGGUGCAUGUCGGUCGUGCCGGCGCAGCUAGUUUGGAUGUGAUUCAAGAAGUGGAAUACGUCCCGAAAGAAGCGAAAAUGAUGCACUUGCUGGAAACGUUGCAGAAGACAGCGCCCCCUGUGAUUAUCUUUAGCGAUAACAAGCACGAGGUGGACGAUAUCUAUGAAUUUCUGCUGCGAAAGGGCGUAGAAGCGGUGGCCAUUCAUGGAUCCAAGACACAAGACGAACGAGAGUUUGCGAUUCAGAGCUUCAAAGAAGGUCGCAAGGAUGUGAUGGUCGCCAGUGGUGUGGCCAGUAAAGGUCUCGAUUUCCAGGCUAUCCAGCAUGUCAUUAAUUUCUCCAUGCCCAAAGAGAUUGAAGACUAUGUACAUCAAAUUGGGCGUACAGGUCGUAGCGGCAAGACAGGUGUGGCCACGACAUUUGUCAAUACACAUAUCCCUGAACAGACACUUUUGGACCUCAAGUACUUGUUGAUGGAAGCCAAGCAAUCAAUCCCCUCGUUCUUGGCAUCGCUGCAGGAUCCACGCGCUGAUCAUGGUACGACACGCAUUAGUUGUGCCGUAUGUGGCGGUUUGGGCCACAGCGUAACGCAAUGUCCCAAGCUCGAAGACCAUCAACGUCGUCAUGCAGCGCAGUUCACGCGCGGGGAUGGCGAUAGUGGCUUUUAA